UUCGAUAUAGCAUCACCCGAAGGAUGGAGGCUGCUCUGAGGUAAAUUUCCUCUUGCGGAUACAGUUUUGAGUCCCCAAUCUACAUUUUAUUCUUAAGGUAUUCAGGAAGAUGGCGAGUGAGGUGGUGAAGUAAUAAAUUUUCAGGAAACGCAGGGAAUGGCAACAGCUCCCUCGACAGGGUCAAGCUACCUCGUUUUUACUGACAAUCAGAGACGAUGGCUUGUAGAGGGAAUUGCACUCAACACAAUCCUUAUACCACAGAUACGUCCAUUUGUAGAACAGGGAAUCAACACUGAAUACAACACCCUAAAGACCAGUCAUAACAUACAUGUUCAGAGCUCACGUACCCGUCUUAAGAGGUGGCCUGCUACAAAGUUCUUAAGAUAUGAGAACAUCAAUGGAAAUGAUGCUCGUCCCAAGCUUCAUGGUGGAAAAUUUCAUUAUUCUUUGUUUGAUUGUCAUGUGAAUUCCCACGUGGACUUUGCCAGGCUGUAUGUUGAGAAGCACAUGGCAAAGUUCACUGCCUUUGAUGACCAUUGUGAUGCAUCGGCUGUGUUGUCUUUGCUUGGUGGGGUUCCUGUAUUCUCUGCUGCUGCAAGUGCUGCAGGUGAUGUGAGAAAGGCACGGAAUGAUUGGGCACACUGUGUCUUCAGUAAAUGGGAUCCAGCAAAGUUUCGGAAAUGUUUCACUGAGAUGGAGCAACUGGUCAAGAACUUGGCCUUACCUUCUGUAAAUGAAAGGGAGCUUCUUGGAGAAUUGAAAGACUGGGAAACUAAAGGAACACGUCUCUGCAUGAAUUCUCCAGUCGACCCAGCAUUGCUGCAAUUAGUUCAAGUGAAGGUUAAGUCACUUCAAGAUGUGGUGGAUAACAUGUGUAGAAAAUUUAACCAACAAAAGACUAAAAUUCAGCAGGAGCUGCAAAACAUUGCAGUUACCCUGAAUUAUAUGGAAAAGAGACUUCAGAGGCUAGAGAUAGGACAACAGAACUUGAAGAGCCAUGUGGAUGAUUUAAAAGGGUGCAUGCAGGAGAAAAUGGAGAAGCUAGAGAGUGGUCAGCAGACUACAGAGAGGCGCACUGUCCGUAAUGAAGAUAAUAUUCGCCAUCUGCGAGAGCAAGUAGAUGACUUGGCUAAAUCAAAAGAAGCAGACGUUAAGAGAUCAUACCAGGGAAGUCCCACGAUAGCCAUCUUUCCACAGAAAUUUGUAGAGCUCAUCAAACGAAAAUACAAAGGUGCUGUACUUUGUCCCUUCCCAUGGUGUGAAGAUGAACUACAACUGCAGCUUUCCAAAGUUUUUACAAGACUUAAGAUAGUUGGCAAGAAGAAAGAACGAGCAAGACUGACAGAAGAAACCGUCUCUAUGACAGAUGCGUUUCGAUCACAUGAAGAAUGUGAAGUGCCCAGAGUGGUGCUGAUUGAGGGGCAACCUGGGAUAGGAAAAACCACUUGCUGUCUGAAACUUGCAUAUGAUUGGUCUAUGGAGUGCAUUUCAGCCGAGGCCUGUUUUCCUAAAGUGGAGAUACUACUUAUGUUGAACUGCCAUGACAUGAAGACUGCUGACAUUAAAGAAGCUAUUUAUGAUCAGCUUUUGCCUCUUGAUGCCGAAGAGAAGGAGAAGGAAAACUUCUUUUGUUUUAUCCACCAUAAUCAAUCUAGGAUCGUACUGGUUCUUGAUGGAUUGGAUGAAUUGAGUGAGACUCUAUAUAGGAGAUUAUUACCUUUGAUUAAAGGCAGAGUCUUUCCAAGCAUUUACCUCAUUUUAACAGCUCGUCAUGAGUUAGGAAUGAAGGUGCGUCGUUAUUGUGACACACUUCUCGAAAUUGUUGGCUAUACUCUAGAGGAUGCCAACACCUACAUUGAGAAGUACUUCAGCAAUCACGAUCAUCCAAGUCUUGCGAAGAAACUCAUUAAGAAUUUAAGGAAGAAUCCUCAGCUCAGGGAAUUGACUGCUAAUCCUCUUAACACUGCUCUUCUGUGCCUUAUUUGUGAAGAUUCGCUGGGAAAACUCCCCUUCAAUAAAACCAUGUUGUAUAAUGAGCUUGUCUCAUGCGUGCUAAUGAGAUAUGCACAAAAGAAAGGAAUAUCUUUGGAUAGAAAGGAUCCUAUCGAGGUUUUUACAGAGCAACUGAAUCAGUUGGGCGAGUUGGCACUUGAAGCCUUGCUUAGAGAUCAACUGUAUUUUACUACAGAUAAGCUGCAGGGUCAAUCAACUGAAUUUCUUGACUUUGGUCUUCUUUCUCGAGAAGCCAGUGCAAGUAAAAUCAGACCGAAGCUAAGUUAUGCGUUUACACACAAGACCUUUCAGGAAUAUUUCGCAGCAUUUCACCUAGCCCAAGAGCUGCUGACUGAUGGUAAGGACAAGGCUGCCCUGCUUUCUCGCCUCAGUCCUCCUGAUAAGUACUGGUCGGUGUGGGAGUUCCUCAUCACAAUGGCAUCAAGGAAAAGCGGUGAUGUAGCUGUUUUGUUGGUGUCAAGUUUGUGUGCUUCCUUACAGCACAAAAUGCCAGAGCGCUUUUGCUAUCAUAAUUACUUAGCGGAGGAAGAAGAUAGCGAUGUCGAUGAUGAUAGCCAUGACGGAAAUGUUGACGAUGACGAAGACAUUGAUCGGGACGACCCGCUUGAUACCGAUGUCGACUUUGAUACCGAUGUGAACUUUGAUACCGAUGUCGACUUUGAUCCCAGUCUCAUCAUUGAAACCGAUCACGAUAUCGACCUUUACAACUAUCACCAGUACAGAAUUGAUCCUUGCGUUUGCGAAGAUCGUUCAUUCGACUGGCCUAAACGUUUGGGAUCGAGCAUAUUGUCAGGAGGAAUUAGGGAAGUUGUUCUCACUAAAACAAUUUUUCUCAUUGCUCAAUGCGAAGAACCUAAAAGUGAGCUGAAGGAUUACCAGAAGAAAAUGGCAUAUGAACUGGCACGCUGCUUCCCGCUGGAUAAAUUAAAAGUUAGCCAUUUGUAUACUCAAAAAGACUCACUCCUCGGCUGUAGUUACAUACAGGUUUUCUCUGAAUACCUUAAGGUCCACUGCCAACUGACACGUUUAGUGUGGCUUGCCGAGUUAGACAAGGCAGCAUUAGUAACAAUUGAACACAUCCUUCGAUCAAGUGUUAAGCUGACUUACUUACAUUUGAAUAAUGACUUGCGCAGCACAUCACUCACACCGGUUCUUCGGGCAAAUCGCACAUUGACGCAUCUCAACCUACGCAAUGCCAAGAUCCGAAAUGCAGGAGCUGAGGCAUUAGAAGAGGUUCUUCGAGAAAACUGCACUUUGACACAUGCGAGUUUGCGUGAUAACGAGAUAAGUCAUAUUGGAGCAGAAGCUCUAGCGAGAGGCCUCGAGUUCAAUAAGGUAUUGGUACAUUUGGAUAUAAGAAACAACUGGAUCGGUAAUCAAGGUGCUGUGGCAUUUGCUAAAGCUUUUGAGUUGAAUUCUACUUUAAAGUAUUUUGAUGUAGGUAUCGACUACAUAACUCCACGAGAACUUGAGUACAUUCUUGAUUCAGGGAUUAAUGCAAUUGCAAAGUCCCUGCGAUCGAAUUGUUCGCUGACUUACUUAGAUGUUCGUGGAAGUAUCUUUAGUGACUCAUCGGCGGCGGCUCUUGGAGAAGCUCUUCGAUCAAAUCGUACCCUAAGUCAUUUGUAUUUGAAUAGCCCAUUGAUUUGCUCCCAACUGGAAAAAAUGGGAAUUCAGUUCGGCAAUUUAGCAGCAGCAGCCUUUAAAAGGGCACUUCAGUCACGUGAUACAAAGAUUACCCAUUUAAACUUGAGUAAUACUUCGAUUACAUCUUCAUGUGCGAAAAUCCUUGCUGAGGCCCUCCAUUCUAAUACAACUCUUAUCCGUUUGGAUUUGAGUGAGAACAAAAUUGAUUCUCGUGGCGCAGAAGCUAUUGCGAAUGGACUGAAAUCAAAUCGGACCUUGACACAUUUGAAGCUAAGAGUAAACCAAAUCAGUGAUGCAGGUGCAGUACGAUUUGCACAGUGUCUACAGUCUAAUCGUACUCUAUUGUAUUUGGAUCUGAUUGAAAACGGUAUUAAGCGUUCAGGCGCCGCAGCCAUCGCAGAAGCGCUGAAAUCAAAUUGGACUCUGACACAUUUGCAGCUGGGAUGGAACGAAAUGGGCGAUACGGGAGCAAUGAAAUUUGCAGACACUCUUCUAAGUAACAAAACUUUAAUUUUUGUCAGCCUUAUAUAUAAUGAGUUUAGUGAAUCUGGCAGAAAUAUGCUUGUAGAGAUUGAACCGCUCAUCAGCUGUAAGUUGAGGAUUUAAUUGUAAGACUGUCUGAGGUGUUUGUCAGACGUUCAUCUGCUAGUCAAAAACCUCAAAAAAACGUAGAGAUGUAAACAGUUUUUAUUCUGACUAUGAAUACGUGAAAAUCAUAGAUGUGAACUGCGGAUUAAGAAAUGGAUAUGAAAGCGAUCUUCGCAGUUGUGAAGAGCACUUGAGUGAAAAUGAGGCCUGAAAAAAUUUCGAGCCUUUAAGGGAAUUUGAAUCCAUGACCUCUGCGAUACCUGUGCAGUUCUGUACCAAGGGAGCUAACAUGCCAACUGGGAGCUAUUCAUUAUGAACCAACAUUCAGGAACUAAAUUUUUUUCAGGCCCUAUCUUCAAUACUGCUCAAGUAGUGUUCCUUACUGCGAAUAUCUCUUUCAUAUUCUUAUUUUUAUUCUCUUGUCAAAAAGUGCACGAACGAACAUGUGUCAGAUGAUAAUCUGUUAACGAACACAUAGGAGAUGGGAUGGUAUGAAAUUAACAGUACCUCAUUCUUAACUCGUGAAUUGCGCAUGCGCAACACGAGUUAUCGUGGGUAAUGAGAAAAUGCGGUCUCACGAUCGCUCGCUGGGCUGUAAACAUUAUGCAAAUGAGGUACGCUCGCUACUUACUUUUAAAUGGCUAACCAUCCUUAACUGAAAUAAGUUGUUUUAAAGGUCUAAUUAACGAGAUAUAAGCUUAAAGGAGACGGUCACCGAAAAUGAGAACGUUAAGAAUCGUAGUAAAAAUCGAUGGGCAGCACAAGUUCUCACUUCAUGCAGACUUUGUAUUGAUUUUACAGAAACGGAAGUUGUUGAAGUACGGUUAAGGUACGGUAAAUGCGCAUAUGGCGAGCGAAUCGAUAAACGACAAAGCAUUUAUUCAUUGUAUAGUCAAAAACAACGGAAAGAAAUGGUAAAAUAGCAUUAACCUGGAGUCGAUCGCGAGCCCGCGGAAGAGUAAACUCAUCUACUUCUCACUGUGCUAAGACAGCGGCACAUGGCAUUGUAAAUAUAUUUAUCUUAUAAGACGUUUUGUUGUGUAGUAUCGCUGAGUAUUUUUAUGAGUUGUGCCGUAUUUUGACGAGCCCGUGGCCACAACUAUCAGAACUCUAACACGACGCGCGCAACUAGUAUGCAACACGACAGAUAGCUUAUCCGACGAGAACAAAUGCCGUUACCGUGUUUUUUCAAAGAACAACUACA